GGCUUCUCCGACCUGAGCGUGCGCGCGCAUCACCUGGGGAGCUUGUUAAAAUGCAGAUUCUGGUGUGGCGGGGCCGGGGUGGAGCUGGAGCUCGUGCGUGGGAGCGGGGUUCCCGGGACCCCUGAGGUCCUGGCUGCCGGCCAAGCGACUGUCAGGACACUUGAUAAAUCGUCCUACCGGGCUGACGGGCGGCGGGGCCGGGACAUGCGCGAUCCGGCCUGUGUGGGGGUGUGCCUCCGAAGUCUGGGAACGCGCGCUGUUCAGGAGGCCACUGUUGGGGACACGCCGGGGAGCCUCAUCUUCGCGCCAUGUCGCGGCGCAAGCAAGCCAAGCCCCAGCAUCUGCGCUCGCUGGAGCCGCAGCCCGAGUGCAACGAGCCGGGCAGAGCGGCCCCGCGCAGAGCCGGGGAGCGGGAUAACGAAGUUCCAAAACCAUCGGUCCUCUCUGCUGAAGACAGUGACACCCAGCAGGCCCCUGCUGUCGCCCUACCCUCAGAAGCCAAGGAACAAUCGGCCACCCUGGGAGAAAGGACCUUUAACUGCUGCUAUCCAGGUUGUCGUUUCAAAACUGUUCAUGGCAUGAAAGAUUUGGACCGCCAUCUAAGAAUCCACACAGGUGACAAGCCUCACAAGUGUGAGUUCUGUGACAAGUGCUUCAGCCGGAAGGACAACCUGACCAUGCACAUGCGCUGCCACACGAGCGUGAAGCCACACAAGUGCCACCUGUGCGACUACGCGGCUGUGGACAGCAGCAGCCUCAAGAAGCACCUGCGCAUCCACUCGGACGAGCGGCCGUACAAGUGCCAGAUCUGCCCCUACGCUAGCCGCAACUCCAGCCAGCUCACCGUGCACCUGCGCUCGCACACAGGGGACACCCCCUUCCAGUGCUGGCUCUGUAGCGCCAAGUUCAAAAUCAGCUCGGACUUGAAGCGGCACAUGAUCGUGCACUCGGGGGAGAAGCCUUUCAAGUGCGAGUUCUGUGACGUGCGCUGCACCAUGAAGGCGAACCUCAAGUCGCACAUCCGCAUCAAGCACACCUUCAAGUGUCUGCACUGUGCCUUCCAGGGCCGCGACCGGGCCGACCUGCUGGAGCACAGUCGACUGCAUCAGGCCGACCACCCCGAGAAGUGUCCCGAGUGCAGCUACUCCUGCUCCAGCCCGGCCGCCCUGCGCGUGCACCGCAGGGUCCACUGCAAGGACCGGCCCUUCAAGUGUGACUUCUGCGGCUUUGACACAAAGCGGCCCAGCAGCCUGGCCAAGCACAUCGACAAGGUGCACCGGGAAGGGGCCAAGACAGAGAACAGGGCCCCGCCGGGCAAGGAUGGGGGGCCCGGGGACAGCAGCCCCCACCACGCGGCCAAGAUCGUUGCCCAGAAGGCCUUCCAGUGCGACAAGUGUGGCGCCUCCUUCGUCAGGGACGACUCUCUGAGGUGUCAUCGGAAGCAGCACAGUGACUCGGGUGAGAAUAAGAACUCAAACCUGGUCACUUUCCCCUCCGAAAGCCUUGCCUCGGGGCAGCUCGGCCCCUUGGUCUCCGUGGGGCAGCUGGAGAGCCCCCUGGAGCCCAGCCGUGACCUCUAGAGUGGUGAGUGUUCUCUCAGGAAUCGGAACAAAGCGGACACGGUGCCGUGCGGCGGACCUUGCCUUCCCUUCUGGAGCAGCCCCGGCCUCCCCAGCGUUCAGCAUCGGAGCAGCUGACCCGGGGGGGGGGGGGGGGGGGGGGCCUAGGUGCCAAAGUGAGUCCACAGGGACGAUUGCCGAUUGCCGCGGCCUCCCUGUAAGCGUUCUCUGACGGACUGCUCUGUGAUCUGGGUCAUUCAAAGGUGGGGGCCCCCUUGGGGAGAGUUGCCUCGUGUGGGUUGUGAUUUGAAAACUGCCCCGUCUCUGGUGGAGUUAUUAAGCUGGCAGACCCGGAGCACUGCCCUGAACUGAGCUGUGUGGAGAAAGGCAUCGGUGCUCUGGGAUGUGGUAAAGUUCUUUCUUAGCCGGGGUGGUGGCUGUUAGUGUUCGUUCGCCUUAUACAUUUGUGUGGUGUCUUUUCUCUGUUUUUGUUUUGUUUUUGUUUUUUGCAAUAAAAAAAGUGAACUUCUCUAUA